CUUUCCAGAGAACUACAAGCUUCUUAUUUCCAUCACAACUCCGGCGACGAUGCUCUCUCUCCCGUCGCCGUCGCCGUCUCCGGCCAGGCUUUAUCUACAUUCCUUCAUCGCCAGAUCUCAUAAUCCAAUCCUUCUAUCUGUUCGCUCCGUCUACAAAUCCAACGCUGAAAACGCCAUCGCCGCCAACUCUGCUUCCAAUUACAGCGGCGGAAGAGCCGAUUGGCAGAGCUCUUGUUCCAUUCUUGCUAGCAAUGUAGCUAAUCAAAAGGUUAACACCGAGAAAAUCACCGGCAAUGAAAACAGAGAUGAUCUCGUUUCCGUCAAUAAACUACCUAAACCGCUCACGCUUACAGAUCCUGACGGAUCGAAUCUUCGCGUUGCUUAUCAAGGUGUACCUGGAGCGUAUAGCGAAGCUGCAGCAGGAAAAGCGUAUCCUAAUUGCGAUCCGAUUCCUUGCGAUCAAUUUGAAGUUGCGUUUCAAGCUGUGGAGUUCUGGAACGCAGAUCGAGCGGUUCUUCCUGUGGAGAAUUCUCUCGGCGGUAGCAUUCAUCGGAAUUACGAUCUUCUUCUCCGUCAUCGAUUACACAUCGUCGGUGAGGUACAACUCCCCGUUCAUCACUGUCUAUUAGCAUUACCAGGUGUUCGUAUGGAAUAUCUCACUCGUGUUAUCAGUCAUUCGCAAGCACUCUCACAGUGCGAGCAAACACUGACAGAUAUAGGUUUAAAAGUGAUUCGAGAGGCAGUUGACGAUACCGCCGGUGCGGCGGAGUUCGUAGCGGCGAACGAUCUUCGAAACACGGCGGCGAUCGCAUCUGCUCGCGCGGCGAAACUGUACGGUCUGAACAUAUUAGCAGAUGGAAUUCAGGAUGAUUCAGGUAAUGUGACUAGAUUUCUGAUUCUAUCUAGGCAACCGAUUAUUCCUCGAACGGAUCGGCCGUUUAAAACUAGCAUCGUGUUUGCACACGAUAGCGAUGGGGAAUCGAUUCUGUUCAAGGUUUUAUCGGCUUUUGCGUUUCGGAAUAUCAAUAUGACGAAGAUUGAGAGCCGUCCUCGCCGUGAUAGACGGAGUCGGCCGCCGGUGGUGGUUGACGACGGGAACUCUGCGUCGUCGUCGACGGCGAAGCAUUUCGAGUAUACGUUUUACGUUGAUUUUGAAGCAUCAAUGGCGGAUGUUCGUGCACAGAAUGCUCUUCUUGAGAUUAAGGAAUUCACGUCUUUCUUGAGAGUUCUUGGCAGUUAUCCAAUGGAUGUCACCCCAUGGUAAGGAUUAACAAAAUUAUUUAUUUAUUUUUGUUUCAAUAAUCGAAAACUCGAAUGACACCCUAUGGCCAUGGCACUGGCCCUCCGUUCUAGUGAGAAGAGAUUCUUCUAAGUCGCUCUUUCCAAUGGGCCACUAUGUUGGAGUAAUUCCAUUUUAUUUAUCUCUUUUUAUUUAAGGUUUUAAUUAAUUAAAAUAUGAUGAAAUCAAACUCUUAGUGAGAACAAUUAUAUUUGUUUCGGUG